UGUUCGAUGGUUACUAUGUAAGCGACGGGUUUAGUAUGAAAAGAUAUCGGGAUAAAACAUUCAGCCAGCUUUGGCGUGUUGGUCAAAGAUCUCCUCCUGCUGUCUCUGUGAAAGGUUGAGUUGAAAGUUGCUCCGCUGAACGAACCCCCACAUCUACUGGAGGACACCUGGCCAGGAUAUUAUUUGUAUGUGUGCGAGUGCAGUGCUGCGAUAACACAAAGUCAAUCCUUAUCAGAAAAUACUCGCAAAAGGAUACCGCUGAUCGGUCAAUCGAUUUGAGUUCACCUCUAUCGAGAGCACAAGAGACAAUUAAUUCGAUGGGCACGCGGUUGCGAGUGUGAAGCAGCUGAACAUGGACUGGUAUUUGGGCUUCUCUACGAAGAGCGAAGAUGGAGGAGGACGUGAACUCACGCUACACAGCAAGUCUGGAACAAAUGGCGGAACUCUAGAGGGAAUCCGCUUGCGCUACUUUGAUGAUGAGGAAGAAUCCGACGAAGCGAACGACGACAAGUAUGAUGCUCUGAACGAUGAAACAUUCGGUGCGGCAGAUAAGGGUGACUGGGAAUGCUUUCACGAGCAACUGGUCCGCCUCGAGCUUGACGGCCAGAAGAGAAAGGGCCCCGCUACUGGCAUCAAUGUGGAUGGGGAGAGCCAAAGCAGUGCCACGGAUACGUUGUUCGAUGACUACGAUCUGGAUCUGGAGCUGCGUAGUUUCGAUUGUUACGAAACGAACGAUGAGGCAAGCAGUCGCAGCAGUCCUGGUGUUGCCGGCAGUGGUGAUGAGUUGGUGAGCAAGCUUCGGUUGGAUCCUAAGAUUUGGGACAGUACCAUCAAACAAAGUACCCCAAAACCAUCGAGCCAGCUCUCUUCGUAUCAGCCUAGUGGCCCAUCCGGCAGUCAGAACGCGCGUCCUUUGCAAGACAUCCCCUCUCCACUGGUUACUAUGCUCUCCGUUCAGGAUAUCGAGAGGAACGUCAUCCAGCAGCAGCAACAGCAGAAGCAGUUGGUACAGCAGCAGCACCUGUUAUUGCAACAGCAGCAGCUUAUCGCACAUCAACAGCAGCAGAUUCUACAUCAAAGCCAUCUGCAGGCAUCACCACAUUUUUCGAAACCAAAUGCCUUUCCGCCGGCAAUGCCAAAGCAGCAAUAUAGAACGAAUCCGCCCCAAGCUGGCAUUCCUGGUAUGAUGCUGCCAUCAAUGUCCCCGCAUGGAAUGCGCACACCAUUAGUAUCGGCACAGCUACAGGCAACAAACCUAAAUCUAUUAUACCGUGGCUGUGCACCCGGUCCAAGCUUUUUGCCACCACGUGGCCUUGAGGGCCUUCCUGUUAGAUACAUGCCAUAUAACAUGCUGGCUACGCCGAUCUCUACGCCAAUGAACAACUUCACGGUGCAUCCAGCCUUCGGUCAUCCAUAUGCAUACCCAACGGUUUGCAGCCCGUACAGGCCACAGAUUCCUGUAGUGCCGAUUCGGCAUCCGGCUUCUCCGUUCCUUUGGUCACCAAACACCUACAACGCCAGAGUUCAGGCACUUGCCGCCAGUAGUGCGUUGCGAAAUAAUCAAUAUAAUCAGUGUCUCAUGCAGGAGAUUCAACAGAACCAUCCACUGCUUGCACAUAACCGGCAGGUGACUGUUGCCGGUCAAAAUCAAUCGCUGCAGCAGAGUCCGCUUUUUCAUGCAUAUCAAAGCAAGCAGCAAGCAGCGUUGCAACAGCAACAAGAAGCGCUCCAGCAACAGCAACGGCCAAAGGACAUUGGUGACGGAUUGCAAGCAGGGGAUUAUGAUGAAUACGCUAACAUAAUGAGCAAUAGAGAGAAGCUGUGGCUGGUUGGCUUACAAUGGGCUCAGCUAAACCUCGAAAUACCGUACUAUAGCGAUUACUAUUUCACGAUGCACAGGCACCGAUUGGCGGCAUUGAAAAGCAACCGGACUGCUUUGACGCAGUGCAAUACCGACACACUGUCGAAAUUGGCGAAGAGCUUAGGCCCAAUGGGUAUGGUUCUAAAUCCAUUCUGUUUGAUAAGCGCCAAUUACUGUCGCAAUGGUUUGGAGGGAAAGCAGGUGGCAACUGAAUCUGGGGACACCAACACACCGUUACGGUGUGAAAAUUCCCUUGGCAAGGUGUGUGCCGGUAGUUUCACAACGCCCCGGAAGCUUAUCGAGAUGAGUACGGACGGUGAAAGCGAUCAAUCGGCUGGGGCCAAUACAGCAAAAGCAACUGCAGAAUUUUCAUUGAUACAGCGCAAGGUUCGCAACGUACUUUUACUGAUAGAAAAUCUCUACACGCUGGUGCUAAAGAUGGAAGAUUUGGGCAAUCCCCUUGCCGUCGAAGCAGCGCGAUUGUUGCACGAGAAAAGGGUACGCGAUGGAGAACUUAUCGAUGCGAUUCCGCAUGUUGAUGAACACGCAUUCAGUGGGCUAGCAGACGCGCUAGUGUCCAGCGUUUCACAGGAUGCAAUAUCGGCCAUAUUGGGAGUACGGAAAGGAAAAACCUUGCUACGACGUGUGCUAACGCUGCUGCGGAAUCAUUCAUUCCGUUGGACACUGUGGAUGAUGAUCUUCAAGGCUGUACCAUUCCUUCGACGAAGCGAUCGUGUUGAUGCCGGUGGUUUUCUCGUUGGGUUGUUCGACGAAUUUGAGUGUCAGCUUCGGGACAGCAAGAUGCUCAAUCUGCUACGCAUAUCGGAAAGCAUCGACAACGAUUGCGUGCUUCGAUCGAUCCGCGACUGCAAUUUCGUUAUGUCGUCCAUCGUCUGCAUCAUCUUUCAGGUGGAGCUUAUCUAUGGGCGCAAUCCGCACAACAUCCAAUUCAGCGACCAGGAGCAAUGGGUGGCAUUUCUCGAGCAUGUGCUGAAGGCCAUCACCGAUGCUGUGCCGCUCGAAUGCAGCAUAAGGAUGCGACCCGACAGCAAUAUCGUGCACACCCUACGUGUGCAUUUCGAACGGUUUGGUUCUCGUAUUGAUGGAUCCGAUCUACUGGACUUCAUAAGUUCCACAGCGAAUGAAAAUAAUGGAAAUGCUAGUGGUCGAAAUUAGCAGAAUAAGAUAUUAGGCACUCGAUAGCCAUGCUUUGAAUUCUUGCUCAAUGUCUGUUUACAUUGAAAUGAUGAUUAGUGUCUUAUGUAGGUUAUUAAAAAGGAAAACAACCGGUGAAAUAACAUUUCGUAGCAAAAUGUUAAAAUGUUUUGAACUUAAACUCUGCUAGUAAACUCUGUGCCUUGGCUUUAGAAGUAAAUGAUCUGUCAUUUGCCUACUUAUUAAUCCUAUUAUUGCAAUGAUUUAUCAUUGUAUUGUGUGUGUGCAGGAAUCUCUAUGUUGGCUUGAGUUAGCCAAAACCCACUAAAACAAAAACAAAACCACCUAAAAACCCAAAGGUUUAAAUGUAAAUAAGCUAUUUGCGAUCGUUCGCAGAUGUGAUAUGAUGUGAUUUAGUUGGAGAUCCGGAGCAACCGAAGGUUGAUGAAUUUAAAUUAACGGAAAGGUAAUGUUACAUUCUCAGCACGCAAUCAAAUCAAUAUCAAGAUGUCCCUUGAGUUGGUUAAAAGGGGUGAAUGAAACUACUAUGGACUGAAAUCGGGGGCGAUAGGGAGAUUUAAUUGAAAGUUUCAUAGAUUGGCGCUUUCGAAUUAGUAAACAACAGGUAUAGGUGUUUUUCUUCGGAUUAAAAU